AUGCUGGUGAAGAAGCAAGCAGGGAAAGGAGGGGGGCGGGAGCCGGGCUCCGAGGACCGGAGCCCAGGCGGGCAGCGUUGUGCCCGGACCGUGUCCCCGUGCGCCGCCCUGGCCACCCUCCUGUCAGUAGUGGCCUUGAUGUCUUGUCUGUACCUGGGGGCGAAAACCAACGACCUCCAGGCGAGGAUCGCCGCCCUCGAAUCCGCCAAAGGAGACCCUUCCAUCCGUCUGCUGCCUGAUUGUCUGGAUCAGCUCAAAGCAAUGGUGCAAGAGAAAGUGGAGCGACUUCUGGCUCAGAAAUCCUAUGAACAUAUGGCUAAAAUAAGAAUCGCAAGAGAAGCACCUUCAGAGUGCAACUGCCCAGCAGGCCCUCCGGGGAAACGAGGUAAAAGGGGCCGAAGAGGAGAAUCUGGUCCUCCUGGUCAGCCUGGUCCUGAGGGCCCUCCUGGUCCAAAAGGUGAUAAGGGAGAACAGGGCGAUCAGGGACCUCGGGGUCUGCCAGGCUUCUCCACAGUUGCCGCUCUGCACAGUAAUCAGAUCCUCACCGUCAAGGGUGACCAAGGACAGGCUGGGCCUCCAGGCCCUCCAGGACCUCCAGGCCCACGAGGGCCUCCUGGGGACACAGGGAAAGAUGGCCCCCGCGGAAUGCCAGGAGUGCCUGGUGAACCAGGGAAACCAGGAGAACAAGGCUUGAUGGGUCCUCUGGGGCCUCCAGGACAAAAGGGUUCUGUUGGAGCACCUGGAAUUCCAGGGAUGAAUGGGCAAAAGGGUGAGCCCGGGUUGCCUGGAACAGGAGGACAGAAUGGAAUGCCAGGGCCCAAGGGAGAACCUGGAGAACGAGGAGAAAAGGGAGAUGCUGGAGAGAAUGGCCCCAAAGGUGAUACAGGUGAAAAGGGUGACCCUGGAUCGUCCGCUGCAGGAAUUAAGGGAGAGCCCGGAGAAUCUGGUCGUCCAGGGCAAAAGGGUGAACCAGGGCUUCCUGGGCUUCCUGGACUUCCGGGGAUAAAGGGAGAACCGGGUUUCAUUGGUCCUCAAGGAGAACCAGGCUUACCAGGGUUACCAGGAACAAAGGGCGACCGUGGGGAGGCAGGGCAUCCUGGAAGAGGGGAUCGAGGGGAGCCUGGAGCCCCUGGACCAAAGGGUGACCGUGGAGACAAAGGGGACUCUGGAGCCCUGGGACCAAGGGGUCCACCUGGUCAAAAGGGAGAUCAAGGAGCCACCGAGAUCAUAGACUACAACGGCAACCUCCAUGAAGCCUUGCAGGGUCCCCCUGGACCACCUGGACCUCAAGGACUACAAGGGCCAAAGGGAGAGCCAGGAUCUCCAGGAGUCCCAGGAGUUGAUGGAGAGCAGGGACUCAAAGGUUCAAAGGGAGACAUGGGGGACCCAGGUAUGCCAGGUGAAAAAGGAGGAAUUGGACUUCCUGGAUUACCGGGUGCCAAUGGAAUGAAAGGAGAAAAAGGAGACUCGGGAUUGCCAGGUCCUCAGGGUCCUUCCAUCAUAGGCCCACCAGGCCCACCAGGUCCCCAUGGCCCACCAGGCCCCAUGGGACCCCAUGGACUUCCUGGACCAAAGGGUGAACCAGGGUUAAAUGGUGUUAAAGGAUUGAAGGGUGAACCAGGUCAAAAGGGUGACAGAGGACCCCUUGGUCUUCCAGGAGCAUCUGGCUUAGACGGAAAGCCAGGAUCCCGGGGUACAGAUGGCCCUAUGGGACCCCAUGGCCCUGCAGGUCCCAAAGGAGAAAGAGGUGAAAAAGGAGCUAUGGGAGAGCCGGGACCCCGAGGGCCGUAUGGUCUUCCCGGUUUCCCUGGUCCACGAGGCGAGAAGGGUGAUCUAGGAGAAAAGGGAGAAAAGGUGACCUCUCCAGCCUAG